UGAGGAGAGAUAUGGUGGACACCUGGGAUAAAGUGUUAAAUCAAGUAAAACCAAGUGAUGAGAUCAGUGUAAUGGUGAGUGGAAGUAAAAGAGAAGGAUUGAGACUGGAAGGAUCAGAUGUAGACGUGAUGUUCUGGCCAAAUAAUCACCGUGUGAUCUGGGAAUUAUCUCAGUCUCAAUAUUACAACACACACAGACAAACACUGAUCCUCUGUGACUGUACUGAUAGUCCACCAGGAUACACUUUGUUAUAUUUACUGUCACCAAGUGUUAAAAUGAAUAACAGACAUUAUAUAUCUAGUUCUAUAUACAGAGAAAACAUAUGUUCUUUAUCAAAAACAAAGUCUGUUUCAAAUGGACCCUGUGUUAGUGGAUCAUUUCACAGACAAGUAGAAUAUGAUCAUGCCCACUGUUUUAUUUGCGACUUUUGGCCUCCAUCUGCCUUCUCGUGGAUAGAAAGAUGUCACUCCUGGCCCCAGCCUCAUGUUGUUGAUGAUAUAGUACAGAAUGGGUGUCAUUUUGUAGCAAUUGGGCAUAAAUUAGGAGAUUAUGAGGACCAUGAAUGGAGAAUUUCUUUCUCUCUGGCAGAACAAAAACUAAUGAAUGCAAUGAACCACUGUCAAUUCUUAACUUAUGGCUUGCUUAAAUUUUUCAUAACAGAAAUAAUUAACAAUGAAGUAGGUGAUAAAUUACUGUGUUCCUAUCACAUGAAAACAGCAGUCUUCUGGGUGAUUCAACAAAAUACAAUACCUCACUGGUGUCCACAAAAUCUCCUAAAGGGUUUCUGGGUCUGUUUUAAACUUAUUCUUAAAUGGGUGUAUGAGGGCAUCUGUCCUAACUUUUUCAUUCCAGACAACAACAUGUUUCUGAGUAAAAUUCAAGGCGACAAACAACAUCAACUAUUUAUUAGACUAUAUGGGUUGUAUAAGAUGGGUUUAGCAUUCCUGCUACACAGUUCCUCCAUUAGGUCUUAUAUUAUAAAUGUCCUAAAUAACCCAGAACUCACCAUAUGUACAGAGGAACAAACUCUGAUUUCUGAGAUAGAGUUUGAUAGAGAACUAAAUCGUGAAAUACAUCACUUUGAUGCAUUAAACAAUUUUAACAUACAACAAUGUAUGAAUAGUUUAAAAACGAUAAAUGAGAUGAUAGUUUCACCCAUCGUGACACAGUAUCAAAUCUUAAUGCUACAGAAACUUACAGCUUCUGUCCUUCAGAACUCUGCCUUUAUAUUGUACACGGAAACUUAUACACACAAAAACAAACUUAGGUAUAGAGCUGACAAAAUCUCUUGUUUCAUGCUGAAAUUAGCAGCCAAGUUUGGUUGUAUUUCUGACAUGUUGUACACAGCCGUGUAUUAUUACAAAACACUAAGAUACAUGGAAGCUUUAUCUAUUAUAGAGAUGACCAAGGUCACGUUAGCACAGCCUUAUGUGAUGUAUGAGUAUAAUGUAGAUACAGAAAUGUACACUGAGGCUGUAGGGGGACAGUCCUGGUCUACAAAGAUAAACCAGGCUGUAGCAGGGAAUAUCAGACUUCUAAAUAGAAUCCAUUACAUCAGUGAAUUGAUACCAGAACAACAGUUUUCUCUAAAGAAUGGUUUCCCUGCAUUGUAUAUCCCACCCAUGAUAUUGCUAACCAUGUUAGAGAUUUUGUGCUACAGAUAUGUAAAUACAAUGAGAGUACAAACAGCUCUAAAUGAUCUACAGACCCUAGUUCACUAUGAUCAGGGACACCUUAUACCUACAUUAUACAGAGACAUAUCGUGGCAGAUUCUGGGGAUCUGUCAACAGGUGACAGGCAACCUCCAGGCUGCUCUAUACUCCUACCAACAAUCUCUUAGACAAGUACCAUACAACAUCAUACAAACAGCUACGCAAAUGAGAAUGGUGCAAAUAGAAUUCCUUGCAUAA